AUGCAAUGCUACACUGAGCUCGCGCCCCCCACGGCCGUCAGCCAUGCCGUGACGCUCCCAUUCGUGUCUGCCCGCGCCGCCAACCUCGUCGUCGCCAAGAGUGCGCUGCUGCAGAUCUUCGAGCUGCGCGCGACCGUCACCGAGGUUGGCAGCAACAGCCGCGACGAUGCCGCCGACAACGCGGCCGCGAACCUCGACACGGCCGCCGCCGACGUCCAGGUCCAGCGCACCGAGCACACGUCGCGUCUGGUGCUGCUGGCCGAAUGCCCGCUCGCGGGCACCGUCCUGUCGGUCGCCCGCAUCCGCGCCCUCAACACGCGCUCCAAGGGCGAGGCGCUGCUCGUCGCGUUCCGCGACGCCAAGCUGAGCCUGGUCGAGUGGGACCCCGACAGCCACAGCCUGCACACAAUCUCCAUCCACUACUACGAGAGCGCCGACCUGCCCGGCCUGGCCCCGUGGAGCGCCGACCUAAAGGACGCGCACAACUUCCUCACCGCCGACCCCGGCCACCGAUGCGCGGCCCUCAAGUUCGGGGCCCACAACCUCGCCAUCCUGCCCUUCCGCCAGCGCGACCUGCCCGACGACGACUACGACUCGGACGACGAGCGGCGCAGCAAAGAUGCCGCCACCAAGGGCCACGGCCAGGGCGGCGGCCUCACCCCCUACGGCUCCUCGUUUGUCCUGCCGCUGACCAACCUCGACCCGACCCUCACCCACCCCGUCCACCUCGCGUUCCUGCACGAGUACCGCGAGCCCACGUUUGGCGUCAUCGCCGCCUCGCGCGCGACCGCCCCGUCGCUGCUCGCCUACCGCAAGGACCUGCUCACCUACACCGUCUUCACCCUCGACCUCGAGCACAAGGCCUCGACCACGCUGCUGUCCGUCGCCGGGCUGCCGUACGACGUCAGCCGUGUCGUGCCCCUGCCGCACCCGAUCGGAGGCGCGCUGCUGGCCGGCGCGAACGAGCUCAUACACGUCGACCAGGCCGGCAAGACCAACGGCGUCGCCGUCAACGAGUUCGCCAAGGCCUGCUCGGCCUUUCCGCUGAGCGACCAGUCCGAUCUGGCGCUGCGUCUCGAGGGCUGCACCGUGGAGCUGCUGUCGCCGGAGACGGGCGACAUGCUCAUUGUGCUCAGCGACGGACGACUGCUCGUCCUGACCUUCACCCUGGACGGCCGCACAGUGUCCGGCAUGACUGUGCAGCCCAUUGAUGAGGAGCAUGGCGGCGGCAUCCUCAAGGCAGGCGCUUCCUGCACCGCCGGCCUGGGGCGCGGCCGCAUAUUUGUGGGCAGCGAGGACGGCGAAUCUGCCCUGCUCGGCUGGACAGGCGCCGGCGCCCAGCUGCGCCGGAAGCAGUCGGACGCCGGCCUGGACCAGGACGACGACGUGUCGGACAUGGAAGACGACGUCGACCAUCUCGACGACGACCUCUACAACGACACCACACCAGCCGUAAAGAAGAUGGCCUCUGCUGCCGCAGAGCCCUCGGCGCCCGGCGCGUACACAUUCCGGGUGCACGAUGUGCUCCCGAGCCUAGCCCCCAUCAACCAAGUCGUGCUGCAUCCCGCCAAACACGCGCGCUCGCUGAGCAGCGGCGAGAUAUACGCGCGCUCGCUGAACAGCGGCGACAUGGUAGCCGCAACGGGAAGAGGCGCUGCGGGCGCCCUCACCGCUCUGAGCCGAGAGCUGCACCCCGUGAAGCUGGCACAGACAGAGCUAGAGUCGGCCAAGGGUCUGUGGGCCGUGCAUGCGAAGAAGGCGGCUCCGCAGGGCAUCUCCGCCGCCUUUGGGGAAGACACCGAAGCCAACAUGUCCUCUGACGUCGACUACGACCAGUACCUGGUCGUCUGCCGAGCCGGCGACGACGGCAACGAAGUCACCACCGUCUACCAGGUGCACGGAAACGAACUCACUGCUACGGACAAGGGUGACUUUGAGCGCGAAGAAGGGUCGACUUUGAGCGUUGGUGUGCUUGCUCGCGGAACAAAGGUCGUGCAAGUGAUGCGGACAGAAGUUCGUACCUACGACUCUGAGCUCAACAUGGACCAGAUCCUGCCCAUGGACGACGAAGAGACUGGUGACGAAUUACACAUCAUCAACGCCAGCUUUGCCGACCCUUACCUGCUGAUCUUGAGAGAGGACUCCAGCGUCAAAAUCUUCAAGGCCACCGGAGACGGCGAAUUAGAGGACGUCGAGGCCAGUGGCCUGUCGCCGACAAAAUGGCUGUCAGCAUCGCUAUUCAGGUCGUCCACUUUCACCGACGUCUUUGCUUUCUUGUUGACACCAGAAGGUGGUCUGCACGUGUUUGCCAUGUCCGAGCUUGAGAAACCCAGCUAUGUUGCCGAGGGCUUGGGCUUCUUGCCGCCCGUGCUGACGGUCGAUUAUGUGCCUCGCCGCAGUGCAAGUAAGGCUUCCAUUACAGAAAUACUGGCUGCCGACCUUGGUGACGCUACCGCACGGUCGCCACAUCUCAUUGUCCGCACCUCUAACGAUGACCUGGUCAUCUACAAAGCCUUCCACUCACCCGCACCGUCUUCGACAGAGCUGUGGACACAGAACCUCAGAUGGGUCAAGUUGUCCCAGCAACACGUUCCCAGAUUCUCCCAAGACGUAGAAGAAGCCUCCCAAGACGUAGGAGAAGCCUCCCGAGACGUAGGAGAAGCCUCCCGAGACGUAGGAGAGGCCUCCCAAGACGUAGGAAAAGCCUCCCAAGACGUAGGAAAAGCCUCCCAAGACGUAGGAAAAGCCUCCCAAGAUGUAGAAGACGCCUCCCAAGAGGUCAAGAUCGAAAGCACUCUCCUUGCACUGGACAACAUCUGCGGUUAUAGCACCGUCUUCCAGCGCGGAGCAUCUCCGGCCUUCAUCUUCAAAGAGUCGUCGAGCGCGCCCCGUGUCAUUGGCCUGAGCGGCAACGCUGUCAAGGGACUUACGCGAUUCCACACCUCCUCUUGCCAACGUGGCUUUGCGUACCUGGACGCGACUGAUACCCUGCGCAUCUCUCAACUGCCCACACAGACACACUUUGGACAUGUGGGUUGGGCAACACGACAGCUGCCAUUCGGCUCCGAGGUUCACGCGUUCACAUACCAUCCGAAAGGGCUCUACGUCGUAGGGACUGGGCAGCGGGAAGAAUUCACUCUCAACCCAGACGAUACCUACCACGAGGCGUUGCCAAAAGAGGACACGGCUUUCAAGCCACGUGUCGAGCGCGGCGUACUGAAGGUCAUCGACGAGAGGACUUGGACAGAGAUUGACACUCACAUCCUCGAUCCACAGGAAGUGGUAUUGUGUAUCGAGACUCUGAACCUCGAAGUAUCCGAAACCACCCACCAGCGCAAAGAGCUCAUCGCCGUCGGCACGUCUGUGGUCCACGGUGAAGAUCUCGCAACAAAAGGACACAUCCGCAUCUUUGAGGUCAUCAAUGUCGUUCCUGACCCAGAGCGUCCAGAGACGAACAAGCGCCUCAAGCUCAUUGUCAAAGACGAGGUCAAAGGCGCGGUAUCUGCCGUCUCGGAACUCGGCACACAGGGCUUCCUCAUCAUGGCACAGGGCCAGAAGUGUAUGGUCAGAGGCUUGAAAGAGGACGGAACCUUGCUACCGGUCGCUUUCAUGGACAUGCAAUGCUACGUGACCGCGCUGAAGAACUUGCCAAACACUGGCAUGCUCUUGAUGGGCGACGCCUUCAAGGGCGUCUGGUUCACCGGUUACAGUGCAAGUCUGACCGCAAUACGCAAAUCUACAACGCUGACAAACCCGCAGGAAGAGCCGUACAAGAUGAUGCUGUUCGGUCGAAGCAAGCACCAACUCGAAUGCAUCACAACCGAGUUCCUGCCCUUCGAUGAGCAACUCCACGUCGUCGUCGCAGACGCAGACAUGAACCUGCAGAUCCUGCAGUACGACCCCGAGAAUCCCAAAUCCGCGGGCGGCUCCCGCCUCCUCCACAAAUCGACCUUCCACACCGGCCACUUUCCCACAACGCUCACGCUCCUCCAGAGCACACUCAAGAUGCCACAGAUGUCCGACUUUGGCGCACAAACCUUUGAAGACGACGUUGACAUGGACGGCCCACCCGACCCCGGACCCGUCCACCACAUCCUGCACACCACGCAGUCCGGCACCAUUGCGCUCAUCACCCCGCUCUCCGAGUCGAGCUACCGCCGCCUUUCGGGCCUGAGCGCGUUCCUGGCCAACGCCCUCGAGAGCGCGUGCGGGCUGAAUCCAAAGGCUUUCCGCAUCAGCGAUGUCGACGACGGCGGGUGGGAUGCGGGCGUUGUCGGCAGGGGCAUGGUCGAUGGGAACCUGUUGAUGCGCUGGGGCGAGCUGGGCGAGUGGAAGAGAAGAGAGGGCAUGGCUAAGGCUGGGGCGGACGAGUGGGUGUUUUGGGGCGAGAGGGAGGUGCUCGGUGGAUGGGGCUUGUUUGGCGGGCGGGCGAGGCGAUGA